AUGCAAUCAUCGAGGGAGAUGGAAAGUGACUCAAAAAGCAGCAGUCGGUCGAGCAAUAAAAACCGUGCCUCAUCUGGGAUAUCGCCGUCAACUGUAGCAGGUAUAUCGAUACUGGCAUUCGCUGCAGUUUCCGCCAGUAUGGCUGGGACGAUAUGGAGAUCGAACCGGGCGCGUAAAAGAGCGACACAGGCAGUUGUAGACUUCAGGAGCAAUUAUCACAUAGAGAAAAGACCUCUGCCUCUGCCGUCUGAGGUGCGAUCGAAGGAAAUUAGUAGAAGUGAGAAUGCAAUUGAGAGUGAUGCACAUGUUGCACAAAUUGGAGAGAAUAACACACAAUUCAGUGAAGAUGGACACUUUACUUACGGUGAUGCAGCUAAAGCACUCCUUAUUGCUACCUCAGCUGUCGGAAUCGUGGCUGCGGGCAGUGGGUAUUAUGUGGUGAACAAGCUAGAAUUGUCGGAUAUACAAGACACCAAAACCAAACUUAACGCCAUUGUCAGAACACGAUUCAAGACAUUAUACGAUAGCAUACAUAAAUCCGACGGUCUAGAGGAGGAUAUACCCGACGAUGCAAAGGAGUUCGCGCAGAUGUUCUACGAUGAACAAAAUGAGCAUCGGGAGGUGUAG